GCGCACAGCAGAAGGGUCUGAGACACCUGUCAGUGACAGCGAGCAUGAAGGAGAAGUCGAAGAACGCGGCGCGGACGCGGCGGGAGAAGGAGAACAGCGAGUUCUAUGAGCUGGCCAAACUGCUGCCUCUGCCCUCGGCCAUCACCUCACAGCUGGACAAAGCCUCCAUCAUCAGACUCACCACCAGCUACCUGAAGAUGAGGAUCGUCUUCCCAGAAGGUCUCGGGGAAUCUUGGGGCCAUGUGAGUCGAGCGAGUUCUCUGGACAAUGUGGGCCGAGAGUUAGGAUCACAUCUGCUUCAGCCCACUUCGUCCACGGUGAGACAUCCACUGAACACCUUCACACGCAAACCGAUUCAUCUUCCUCUCAAACCGUUCCUUCACCGUCUUCUGCUUCCUGUUCUUUUUCUAGAAUAUGAAAUGGAAAGAUCUUUUUUCCUGAGAAUGAAAUGCGUCCUUGCUAAAAGAAACGCUGGCUUGACGUGUGGCGGUUACAAGGUAAUUCACUGCAGCGGCUAUCUGAAGGUCCGUCAGUACAGCUUAGACAUGUCUCCGUUCGACGGCUGUUAUCAGAAUGUGGGUCUGGUGGCUGUUGGUCACUCUCUCCCCCCCAGCGCAGUAACCGAGAUCAAGCUCCACAGCAAUAUGUUCAUGUUCAGAGCCAGCCUGGACAUGAAACUCAUUUUCCUGGACUCCAGGGUUGCGGAGCUCACUGGCUACGAGCCGCAAGACUUAAUAGAGAAGACACUUUAUCAUCACGUCCACAGCUGUGACACUUUCCAUCUCCGCUGCGCGCACCACUUGUUGCUGGUAAAAGGACAAGUCACCACCAAAUACUACCGGUUCCUGGCUAAGCAGGGUGGGUGGGUGUGGGUACAGAGUUACGCUACUAUCGUACACAACAGCAGAUCGUCCAGACCACACUGCAUCGUCAGCGUCAACUACGUCCUCACGGACACGGAGUACAAAGGACUACAGUUGUCCUUAGAUCAGGUGACUUCCACUAAACCCCCGUUCACCUACAACAGCACGUCCAACCCCAUCAGCGAGAACAGAAGAGUUGGCAAAAGCAGAGUCUCCCGUACCAAGACCAAAACAAGACUCUCUCCCUAUUCACAGUAUCCGGGUUUCCCCACGGAUCGCUCGGAGUCGGAUCAGGAUAGCCCGUGGGGAGGGAGUCCACUCACUGACUCUGCGUCUCCUCAGCUUCUGGAGCAGUGUGAAGGCAUAGACUCCUCAUGUGUGUACCGGCAGUUCUCAGAGCCACGGCCACUCUGCUACGGCCUACCGCUGACAGACGACCAUCAUACCUCCAGCGACCUCUACAGCCACACUCACUCCGAGUCCUGCGAGAGGGGUUGCUGUAAGGCUGGCCGAUACUUCCUGGGCACCGCUCAGCCCGGGCGAGAGGCGUGGUGGGGCACAGCCCGCUCUGUCCUUCCGUUACCCAAGACUUCGUCCGAGAACGGGGACAGUUUCGAAGGUGUGAUGCCCCACAUCACCUCCAUCCAUAGCAUGCAAGUGAGGGGUCACUGGGACGAGGACAGCGUGGUCAGCUCACCUGACACGAGUGAUUCAGGCGACCGAUACCGUGGUGACCAAUGCCGCGCAAGUCCCCAAGAGCCCAGCAAGAUUGAGACGUUGAUUCGAGCCACGCAACAGAUGAUCAAAGAGGAGGAAAGUCGUCUGCAGUUGAGAAAGGCUCCUACAGAAAUACCUUUGGAGUCUACAAACGGUCUGGCCAAGAGCCACGGCUCGUCGUUUCACAGUACCGACUUUCCCCAGUCAGUAUUGCAGAGCGUGGUGUGUCGGGGGCCGGCUCAUGUUACAAGCCCCGCCCCUAGCCCUGUUCCUCUGUCCCGUCUCAGCAGCCCCAUCCCUGACAGACUGGGUAAAAGUAAAGACUUCCUGCAAAGCGAGCUCUCCUCUUCUCAGCAACACCAACAGCCGCUGCCCCUGACGGGCACGUGUGCUAUCUCUCCGACUCCAGCGCUAUACCCCUCACACCCCCGCCAGUACCUGGAAAAACACACAGCCUACUCGCUCACCAGCUACGCACUAGAACAUCUGUAUGAGGCAGACAGCUUUAAAGGAUACUCCCUGGGUUGCUCAGGUUCCUCCCAUUACGACAUGGCCACUCAUCUACGCAUGCAGGCUGAACAAGCACCGGGCCAUAAAGGCACCUCCGUCAUUAUCACCAACGGCAGCUGAUGCUUAUCAAAUCCCGAAUCGCCACUCAGUGCUUCACCCUCUCACUCGAGCUAGCCUAGAAUUUCUGAUUUGAUCUUUUUUUUUUCGU